CGUCCACACCUCACACCUGCAGAGUGCGGCCAGUGCGAGUGGGUGUGUCCCGAUACUGUGAAGGUUUGAUGACACACAUGACGCCACAGAGCUGGUAGCCUCGGACGGAGACAGGUUAGCCAUGGGGAAGACAGGUGGAAGAGGCGACUUUGAAUGGGUGUACAAUGACCAGCCACACACUUCGAGAAGGAAAGAAAUCCUGGCCAAAUAUCCAGAGAUCAAGUCUCUGAUGGGUCCGGAUCCCCAGCUGAAGUGGGUAGUAUCGGCAAUGGUCCUGACCCAGCUACUGGCCUGCUACCUGGUCCGUGAUGUCUCCUGGAAGUGGAUCUUCUUCUGGGCUUAUGCUUUUGGGGGUUGCAUCAACCACUCCCUGACUCUGGCGAUCCACGACAUCUCUCACAACGUGGCCUUCGGCAACAAGUUGGCAAAGUGGAACCGCUGGUUUGCCAUGUGGGCCAACCUGCCAAUCGGGUUGCCUUACUCUGCCUCCUUUAAGAAGUACCACAUCGACCACCAUCGCUAUCUUGGUGGGGACCAGCUGGACGUCGACAUCCCAACAGACGUUGAGGGAUGGUUCUUCUGCACCCCGGCCAGGAAGGUCCUCUGGCUCUUCCUCCAGCCUUUCUUCUACGCCCUUCGCCCGUUGAUUGUGAAUCCUAAACCCUUGGGUCAGCUGGAGAUCCUAAACGCAGCCGUUCAGCUCACAGCGGACUUAAUUAUCUACUAUCUAUGGGGGAUCAGGCCCAUUGUUUACCUUAUUGCAGGUUCCAUCCUGUGUAUGGGACUUCAUCCCAUCUCUGGACAUUUCAUAGCUGAGCAUUACAUGUUCCUGAAGGGACACGAGACCUAUUCCUACUAUGGAUCACUGAACCUGAUCACCUUUAACGUUGGGUAUCACAUGGAGCACCAUGACUUCCCGAGCAUACCUGGCAGUAAACUACCCCAGGUAAAGGAUAUUGCAGCAGAAUAUUACAACAACCUGCCUCAACACACUUCCUGGAUUCGGGUAUUGUGGGACUUUGUGUUCGACGACAGCAUCGGGCCGUACGCCAGAAUCAAACGGGAGUACAAGCUGAGCAAGCAGCAAUAGAUCUGUGAAUCUGAAAUGUGAAUAUCAGUUGUUCCAUAUGAAUGGAGCCGUUUCAAAUAAUAUUAUACUUAUUUUGUCUUGUUAUUGUCACUGUUGGUAAACUGUCUUCUUAAAUGAGUUGUAUACUUGACCUUUGACACAUUUCAGUUGCAUACAUGUGAAAGAAAAUUUAAAUAAAUAUAGCUUGUUUCCUUACCUCACUAUUUAUUUAUUCACGCAGAUGGGCGGCUGCCGUGAUUGUGAGAUAAGAUUUAUUUGAAUCCAGAAGGGACUGAGAAAGGCAACAUAAUGACAAAAAGCUAAUUAUUUCAACACAAAUAAAACCCUGAUUUCACGUACAUUCUCAUCCGCAUUAACAGAAAUAACACUUAACUCCUGUUUCGUGCCUACACAGAUUCUCGCAUUACUUGAUACGUUUCACACCUCUCAGGCAGGGCAGAUGUGAAAAAUAAGCCACGAAACUUACCUUUUGAGUAAGAAGAGCCUUUUCUUCCGUAACGCCCCAUUCUGCAUGUUCACAGCUAGUCGGAAUACAUUAUAACACUAACGCCUUUUAUAAUGCAAAAAAAAAGUAUUUGGAAAAUUCCACUUGUGUGCCACAAAUGGAGCCUCUUUUGUUCUAGUUUUUAGCGGUGAGCGAGGCUGAAGUAACUCUGUGGUCAUUUCAUGCUGCUCAGAGAGUCUCUUCCAGUCUUUCUGUGAACACUGGCCCUGAAUUGAAAGACCUUCUAUGUUGUAUUAAGUUUUUUGUAUUCUUUUGUCUUCCCACUUAACUAAAAUGUUGUGAUUGAUUAGCGUGGGCUUUGUUUCUAUUUAAAUGACUGUACUAUAUUUAAAAAAAACAACCUUGAAAAAUCUUUAACGAAAAAACUAUAAAAAAUAUGACUUUGUGGUUGAUUUUCCAUUUGCUUUUCUUUCCCUGUAAACUUUCCACACACAAAACAAAAGGGAACACACAUA